CAUCAAGUAAAAGUGUACUGUUUAUUUCGAUAAGAAUCGAACAGCUAUAACUUAAAAAAGCGAAUAUUUUAAGUUCAAUUAUGGUUUAAAAAUGUACUUAGUCAUUUUUUAAGUCACAAGAUUAAUAAUAUUUGUGUGAAGCUCUCCCUUUGUGUAAUUAAAAUAGCUUUUUACAAGAUAUAUUAAGUUAUAUACUUAAAAAUUCAAAAGUAAUUAAUAACUUUGAAAAUGGGAAAUUAUAUUUCGAUCAAUUUAGAAGAUCAUUAUAGAAGAAAUGAAAAGUUUCUUCAAAAUUUAAAUGAAAUUGCAAUGGAAAGGCAAAUUCAAUUGAAGAAUCAAAUGGCUGAGAGACAGAGGGCUAUGGACUUGGCCAAAAGUCGAGAUUUAUGCCUUUGGUACUCAGUAUUUUAUGUAUCUGCUACGGCUGGCUUAUUUACUGGGUUUAGGAGAACAAAAAGGGCUUAUUUCUUAUUUCCUCUUCUGCCUCUUACAUUUGUCAAUCUUUACUAUUGGGAUCUUGCAUAUGGGAAUAAAAUGCAUCGUCUUAGAAUGGAAGCUGAGCACAUAAUGGCACAUGAAUCAGAUUUGUUAGAAGUGCCCUGUGGUCUGCCGACGCCGUCCUCUAUCGACCAACGUCGUUUGGAUCAGGAAGAGAGGAGCAAGAUUCAUCCUCCCCUCCCAUAAAGGAAUGAAUAAAUCACCAUGUACUAAUUGUGCCUUCACUGCUUAAUAGUUUAGAAAGCUGUGGAGAUAUGUCAAUGAGUGCGCUAGUUUGCUUCUUAAAUGUAAUCUCAAAAAUAUCGAAAUUCCUAACCGAAAGUAUUAAUUACUGAAUUCCUAAAUAUUAAAUGUUCAUAGAUCUAAUAUAUUUGAUAUAUUAUUGUUACAUAUACGCUUUAUUAAAACAAUAUUUAUUUUUGUUU